AUGCCCAACAUGCCAAAUUAUUCAGGUUCUGUUUCUGGGGCAUUUCCGGGUUUGCUUGGGAUGAUUCCAGGUGUCACUCCUGGUUCUUCAGGUGGAGUGGUAUUGCCUGGAGUUGGAGCCUCUCUUGGAGAAGUUUGCCGGGAGUAUCUUAAUGGACGAUGUGCAAAGACUGAUUGUAAAUUUAAUCACCCACCUCACAAUCUGCUGAUGACAGCGUUAGCUGCCACAACUUCAAUGGGAACUCUGAGUCAAGUGCCUAUGGCACCUUCUGCAGCUGCAAUUGCUGCAGCUCAGGCAAUUGUUGCUGCUCAGGCCCUUCAAGCACAUGCUGCUCAGGCACAGGCACAGGCACAGGCGCAGGCACAGGCACAAGCACAGGCACAGGCACAAGCACAAGCACAAGCACAGGCACAGGCUACCAAAGACUCCUCUGGUAUCCAUUGGCUCUCCUUUGUGUCUCUCCUAACAGCCAUAUUGUUCAUAUUAUCAGGAUCAAGUGACAAAGAUGGGAAAGCUGAUUCUCUUAAAAAGACACUGCAAGUUAGCAAUCUCAGUCCUCUCCUCACAGUGGAUCAAUUAAAGCAACUUUUUAGUUUCUGUGGUACAGUUGUUGAAUGUAGUAUCACCGAUUCAAAGCAUUUUGCUUACAUAGAAUACUCAAAACCAGAAGAAGCAACUGCUGCUUUGGCAUUGAACAAUAUGGAUGUUGGUGGUCGCCCAUUGAAUGUUGAAAUGGCCAAAUCACUUCCUCCCAAACCUGCUGUCCUCAAUUCAACUCUUGCUUCAUCAUCAUUGCCCUUGGUGAUGCAGCAAGCAGUGGCCAUGCAGCAGAUGCAAUUUCAGCAGGCUCUUUUGAUGCAACAAACAUUGACUGCACAACAAGCAGCUAACCGAGCUGCGACCAUGAAGUCUGCAACCGAACUUGCAGCAGCUAGAGCUGCAGAGAUAAGUAAAAAAUUGAAAGCUGAUGGAAAUGAAAAAGAUGAUGAGGAAACAACUCAAAAAUCUAGGUAUGUGACCUUUAUUUAA